CUGUGUGUGUGUCUGUGUGUAUGUGUGUUCAGUGCAAGUAUUUAAAGGAUAAGGAAAUAUUUGUUCUGCUCAUUUGCUCAUCAUGGAUGUGAAAGUUGCGUUUGUGAUUGCCUGUCUGUGUACUUUGGCCAUCACCUCUACUGAAGCUGGCAUCCCAAAAUGCUGCGUCGCAACAGCAACGGACAUCCCUGUGGGACUGCUGCUGAAGGUUCACAGCUGGAACAUGCAGACAAGCAGCGGCGCCUGUGACAUCCCUGCAUUGAUACUGUAUGUAAAGGAGAUGAAGAAGCCCAUAUGUGCUCAUCCUAAAGUGAAGAGAACACUGAUGGUGCUGCAGUGGCUGAUCAAAAAGAACAAGCUGAAAGCAGCUUACUGAGAUGAGGAAAGAAAAUUUCACGAAAUUUGUGUUUUCACAGUUGGUGUUUCAAGAGCUUGUGUCAGUCCUUAUGGUUUUUUUCUUUUUAUUGAGAGAGGUACUCGUACUUUAGUAUUUCUAUUUUAUACUCUUUAAUUCUGUCCGACAAGAUUUUAGAGGGAAAUAUUGUACUUUUUACUCCACAUUUAUUAAACAGCUACUUUUUUAGGUUAAGAUUUUACCUUCCUAACAUAUGAUUUUUAUAAAAUUGGAUGCGUUGUUAUAGACCAAACUGUAGGCUAAAUAAAGUGUUUCAGAUCAGCUCCACUUUGACUGUGUGCAACAAUAAAGUAUGGCUUACAUGAUAACACAUCAAUAAUAAUGAUCCAAUAACAACAUGGAAUGGGGACAUUCUGCAUUGUUAGUACUUUUACUUGUAAUACUUUAAGUAUAUUUUGUUGCUAAUACUUUUGUACUUCUACUUAUGUAAAAGUUUAAACACUGGAGUUUUACUUAUAAUGGGAGUAUUAUUUUUUUAUAGUGUGGUAAAUAAUGUGAAUAUGACUUCCACCAUUGCAUUUAUAGAAUCAUUGUAAACAAAACAAAAAAUAAAUCUCUGUAAAAUGUGAUUUGAUACAUUAUAUUUUUCUCUGUGAUUUGUGCCUCCAGAUGUACCAGCGAUGAUUGUCUAGCAAUAGUCAAACUAUGAAGAGAGAGACGUUUUGCUGCUCUUUGCAAAUAAUAUUCAGUAAUUUCAGAGAGAUGCAGGUCAAAGUGUGUUGAUUGUUUUCUGGCUAUAUUAAGAAACGCAGUCAAACCACCAACCAGAGGGAGGGGGGCAACUGCCAAUCACUAAAGUUAUGAUCAAUUAUCUGGGCCAACACUCGCCAUCAGAGGACACUUGUGAAUAUCAUGUUAAUACUGAAUUCAAUGUGUUUGGUAAAUACGUACAUUUUCACAUUUGUUCUUUGUCAUAACUUAUUUUUUACAAGCGCUAGAAGACAAAUGAGAGCAAGAGACUCCAGAGUCCUCAAAGACUAGGCUACGAUAGAACUCUUUAUGUCUGAGGGCUCUAUAAAUACUGUAACUUACCCUUGGAAAUGGAACUCCAGAUCAUUAUAGAAAUGAAAGUAAAUUGGACUUAAAUGUUCCGUGUUUGGUCUUGUCCUCUGAUGAUUAAAACUCUGACCCGCU